AUGGAGGACCAGUCCAUGUCCAUGGCUCAAGGCCUGGAGGACCAGGCAGCUGGCCAUCUCCGCUUCAUCAAGGCCAGUGAGGCUGAGCAGCCCAAGACGCGUCUCGAAAGCCAGAAGUCCACUGAGGAGAUCCAGAUGGCCCCGAUCUUUACUCACGCGGCGCAUGCCACUAUUCAGGCAAAUCCUUCUGAGCAGCCUGCUGUCUUUCCCCAAUAUGGGUUGAUCGGGAGUGAAGUCACGGAGACAACCAAGGCAGACCACACUGACACGCUUAUCUAUACAAACACGACGGCCCCCUGGGCUGCAAUGAUUUGUGGCUCGCAAGGCAGUGGAAAGAGCCAUACACUGUCUUGUAUUUUGGAGAACUGUCUUAUUAAGUCACUGCCCGUCGGCAAUCUGACUUCCCCUCUUGCGGGGCUGGUCUUUCACUACGACAAGUUCACGGGAUUCACUAGCACUCAGCUGUGUGAAGCAGCGUAUCUCUGCUCUGCUAAAAUCCCGGUUCGAAUCUUGGUCUCCCCGACUAAUUUUGUGACCAUGAAGGACUUGUACAGCCAGGCUGAGGGUCUGAGCCCUAAGCAUCACCCGAUUACUGUCAAGCCAAUGUUUAUUCCCCCGGAAAGCCUCACAACUGCCAUGAUGAAAACAUUGAUGGGGGUCGACAACAAGAGUGAUUGUCCGCUUUAUAUGGAGAUGGUGCUGCAGAUCCUGCGUGAAAUGGCUACUGCUGACCAGGGCCGCCAAGGCUUUAACUACACCUUAUUCAGACAACGCAUUGACGCGGCACCCUUCAAAGAUGGACAGCUGGCUCCCUUGAAAAUCAGACUCUCGAUCCUGGAGUCCUUCCUUUCUCCAGCAACAUCGACCGGUGGUUUUUCAGACCAACCGCCUGCAAACUUCGAUGCCUGGAAAGCGCAAGUCAAGGACCUAUGGAGAUUUGACAAGGGUACUUUGACAAUUGUCGAUCUGAGCUGCCCCUUCGUGGGACCUGACGAUGCUUGUGCGCUGUUCAACAUCUGUAUCUCGCUCUUCAUGAAAAGUCGUCAGAAAAUCGGUCGCAUUCUGGUACUUGACGAAGCCCACAAGUACCUAGUUGGCAAAUAUCCCGAAGCCCACGCCUUGACCGAUACGCUGCUAUCACUCAUUCGCCAACAACGCCAUCUCGGGACUCGUGUCGUCGUUGCCACCCAAGAGCCAACGAUCGCUUCUGACCUGCUCGACCUGUGCAACGUGACGAUUGUACAUCGCUUUUCGUCUCCUGCGUGGUUUGCAGCAAUUGAGAGGCACAUCGCGGGUGCUGCGCUGAAGAAACAACCCAACACAUCCAGCAAGCUAUUUGAGAAGAUCGUUAGCCUUCCUACUGGCGAGGCUCUCGUUUUCUGUCCCAGCGCAGUGAUCAUCAUGAAGAAGAAAAAGCACGACUUUGAAGAGGGCUACAAGACGGAGAAAUACACUGAAGACUCUAGAGAUUUGGACGUCUGGUUUUACACCCCGACCCCAGAGCGCAAGGAAGAGAACGAGCGCAAGGGAGAGAAAUGCCUUUCCCGAAUGGGAGCCGAACAUAUUCACCUCCGUGUCCGCGAUCGGCUUACCCUUGACGGAGGUCGAAGCAUGCUCGCCAUGUAA